AUGGAAGAACUUCAAGAACUCAACGACCAUUUAAGUAUUCUUGAAGAAAAGUUUGAGAAGCAAAAAGUUCAUCAAACAACCUUACAAAUUCAAUCAGAUGAACUGCAGCGUACAAUAACGUUAAAAUCAGCCGAUAAUAAAAUGCUCCAAGUUAAAAAACACCAUCAAGAUUUGCAAAUAGAAGAACUAUGCAAAGAACUUGAGAGAUUAAAAGGAACUUUAAAUAGAAGAGAUCAUGAAGAAUCUGAUCUUAAAAUAGAGCUCAGCAUGGCUGUGAAAGAACGGAGCCAUUACAGAGAAAACGAAAAUAUUAUAAAAAAGAAAACAAUUGAAGCUGAAAAAGAAAUAAAACUAUCAAAAGAAGAAAUAAGAGCUAUUAAUAACAAAAUAAGUGAAUUUGAGCUGGAUAUAAGUGAAGAUUGCCAAAUCAUUGAAAAUUUAAAUACAAUCUAUGAUAAAGUUAUGAGUGAGCUAAACAAUGAAAAUGAAAAAAAUAUAAUUUUAACUGAAAAAUGCAAAGAAAUAGAAGAAAAAGCAUCAGGUGUAAAGGAAAGAGAAAUAAAACAAAGCAAGGAGCUUGAAUAUUGAAAAGCCCAAGUAGCAGAAAAAAAUGUAAUAAUUGAAUCUCUUAAAGCAUAAAUGAGAUGCUUUCGGUUCGAGGGAAAUUAGCUCUGCUAAUUUUCUCUCUUCAUAGAAUUUUAUUUAUUGGGUGGGCUUUUUCCUGAAGAACUUAUACAAAGCAAGAACAGUUUUUAGAUUAGGUUAUAAGGCCAGGAAGCUGCUCCAAGUGCAUCAAGAGGCUUAAGGUUUUUCCUCUCAGCACAUCGAUGAGGAGCUAUAUGACAAGGUGGAGAAAAAUCUUGGUUUCGAUUAUCGAUGCUAUUUGAAAUAUUUGCACAUUAGAAUGCAAAGUGGCGUCAUCAUUUUUGAGUUAAAAAGGGGUGGGCUCCUUGACGAAGAAGGUAGCACGUUAAACACUAAGGUAGCUAAGACUAAGAAUCUCUUAAAGCAGAGCUAUAUCAGCAAAAAGAGCUUGAAAAGCAGCUUAAUCAAGAGCUGAGAAAACUUGAGAAUAAUUUAAGAGAUUUAUAUUCAGAAGAGGAUAUAGAAAUUGCCCGAGGAUGGCGCUAUCUUGCGCCAUCCUCGGGGCAAUUCAAAAAAUGGCCCCACACGGGAAUCGAACCCACGUGUGGGGCCAUUUUUGAUACGUGUAAGUCGAUGUUUUACACAUACCAAAAAUGGCCCCACACGUGGGUUCAAUUCCCGUGUGGGGCCGGUUUUUUGAAUUGCCCGAGGAUGGCGCUAUUUUGCGCCGUCCUCGGGCAAUUUCUAUAGUCUGAGAAAGCUGGAAAGAGAGUCAAAUUUAAAAAUAAAUGAAAUUGAGCAUAACCUUAGCAGAGAAGUUCCCCCUGACAUUGGUGGAGUUAUGCUUGGCAUCAACUUUAUUGACAACAAGAUUUCAGAUUUAAAUAAAACAGCUGAGAGUAAAAACAUUGCAAAAGAAAAUUUAAUCAAAGAGAAUUUUUCGAUAAAAAAGAAGAUAAAAAUUUCAAAUGAUGAAAUUAAACGGCAAAAAAGCCAGAUAGAUUCUCUUGCCAAUGCUCUUAAAGAACUUAAAAAGCAAAAUGAUAGUUUAGAGAUGUAUUUAAAAAGAAAACACACACAAAGGUAUCAACGUCAGAUAGCAGAAAAUGAGUUAAAUAUUGCGUUAGACUCAUUUACUAGUUUAAUUUAA